AUGAAAUUUAAUUCACAGUUGGAAUUGGCCAAUUAAAGAGGAAUUAUCAGUCCUCCUGAUUAAGAUAUAAUGACAUAAGUUGCUUUGAUUAAUAAUCCUACAACAGGUUAGGAAGUGGGAGACAUUGAUCCAAUUAUAUUAGGUUAACCAGAAAUUAAUUAGACAGGAUUCAUAAAAUACUCGACUGAUUAAAACAUAGCUCUAUCAAUGGUUAUGCAUGGUAAACCACUUUUUCCUCCUGCUCAUUAUUAAGAUGACUUUGAUCCUUAGCAAGUGAGUGAAAAUUAACAGCUCUCAAAUGCAUAUCAAUUAGAUCACAAAAGUAUCUAUCAGACAAACAUAAUUUAGAGCGAGCACUAAAGCAACUUUUAAGAAUAAAGAAUCUGCUCUAUUCCAUUGUCGACAAAUAAUUUAGAUAGGGAAUCACCCAAUUCGAGAUCACUUUUAGGUAUAAAAUAUUAGAUGAAUCAAGAAUAACCUUAAUUGGCCAAUCUUAAUAUAGCUUAUAACAAUUCUGAUUAUGAGCUAAAGUAUCAAAGAUAAUGA